CGGACUGACGCGCGGCCAGACGGGCCGACCCGCAGCCGCCGUCCGGCCUGAGGGGCCGGCGCGCCAUGGGGCCCUGCGCCCGCUGAACCAGGAGCGUCCGAGGAUGUCGGCGCUGAGGAAGGCCGUCCCAUCAUAGAGGCGUGGCCACAGCUCUGCCGGGUCCCAGCGGCCGCCGGUGACUGCGCUCAGCCUGCACCCAGCUCUGCCAUAAUGGGGACCGCUCAGGUGCUGCCUGGCAUUCUGCAGAAGCAUUGCUGCAUCUUACCGGACAGGAAUACAGAAUCCCAGUGCGCGCUGUGCGGGGAGCCGGAAGAGGAAGACGGUGGGGACCUGGUCCAGCCGGGCAUCAGCUUCUCAGGGCCGGAGGAGGAGGAUCUAGACCAGCAGUGCUCUUGGUCACCAGCUCAUCAGUUCAAUGAGGAAAGGUACUCCCCUGCCCCGAGGAACAUGAAAGGGUUGUCCGGGAGUCGGAAUCAUGGCCACACGUGUGGCUUCACCCCGCCUGAGGGCUGUGAGCACGUGCACCACGGGCUGGAGCCGAGGCCGUCCUACCUGCUCAGCACCACGGACAGCUGCCCCGCCGAGCGGCACCGCUGCUCCCCCAGGAGCUCCGCCCACUCCGAGUGCAUGAUGGUUCCCAUGGUGCUGGGUGAGCCCCUGUCCAGCAGCACUUUUCCCAGGAUGCACUACAGCUCCCAUUACGACACGAGAGACGACUGUGCCAUGUCCCACGCCAGCACGAAGAUCAACCGGAUUCCAGCCAACCUUCUGGACCAGUUUGAGAAGCAGCUGCCCCUGCACCGGGACGGCUUCCGCACGCUGCAGUACCAGCGGACCUGCGCCGCCGAGCAGCGCGGCGAGAGCCCGGGCCGCAUCCGGCACCUCGUGCACUCCGUGCAGAAGCUCUUCACCAAGUCCCACUCCCUGGAGGGCUCCUCCAAGGGCACCGCCAACGGGACCAGGGCCGACAGCCGGGCGGACGAGCGCCCCCACGGCCAGCACGCCAAGCACGGCAAGCGGAGUAAAAGCAAGGAGCGGAAGCCCGAGAGCAAACACAGGUCGGGCCUGAGCAGCUGGUGGAGCUCGGACGACAACCUGGACAGCGACAGCACGUACCGAGCGCCCAGCGUGCUCACCAGGCACCUGGUGGACCACGUGCCCCACUGCUACCCGGAGCCGCUGCAGGGCCCCUUUGGGGCGCUGUCCCUGAAGACUUCCAGAAGUAACAAUGACGUCAAGUGCUCGGCCUGUGACGGCUUGGCCUUGACGCCGGACACCAAGUACAUGAAACGGAGCUCCUGGUCCACACUCACCGUGAGCCAGGCCAAGGAAGCCUAUCGCAAGAGCUCCCUGAACCUGGACAAGCCCCUGGUCCACCAGGAGAUGAAGCCGUCCUUGAGGCCGUGCCACUACCUCCAGGUGCCGCAGGACGAGUGGGGAGGGUACCCCACCGGCGGCAAGGACGAGGAGAUCCCCUGCAGGCGAAUGAGAAGCGGGAGCUACAUCAAAGCCAUGGGUGACGAGGAGAGCGGAGAGUCGGACUCCAGCCCCAAGACGUCACCCACGGUGGCUGUGCGGCCAGAGCCCUUGCUCACGUCCACAGGCCCGCGGCCUCUGGGAGACCUCCAAAGCCAGAGCUACCUGCAAGCCGCAAGUGAUGGGCCUGCCAGCCACAGCCUGGAACCCUCUGCCAACUACAACUCCCCGAAAUUCCGAUCCCGGAACCAGAGUUACAUGAGAGCUGUCAGCACGCUGAGUCAGGCCAGCUGUGUGAGCCAGAUGAGCGAAGCCGAGGUCAACGGGCAGCUCGAGUCGGUGUGCGAGUCGGUCUUCAGCGAGGCGGAGUCUCAGGCCAUGGACGCGCUGGACCUGCCCGGCUGCUUCCGGACGCGGAGCCACAGCUACCUGCGAGCCAUCCAAGCUGGCUACUCCCAGGACGACGAGUGCAUUCCCGCCAUGACGCCCUCCGCUCUGCCCUCGGCCGUCAGGGCCACCGCAGCUAUCUCAUACACAAAUUACAAGAAGACCCCGCCCCCCGUGCCCCCGCGGACCACUUCCAAGCCUCUGAUCUCGGUGACGGCGCAGAGCAGCACGGAGUCCACGCAGGACGCCUACCAGGACAGCCGUGCCCAAAGGACAUCCCCGUGGCCCCAGGAUGGCCGUGGCCUCUACAACUCCACGGACAGUCUGGACAGCAACAAGGCCAUGAGUCUGGCCCUAGAGACGGCCGCUGCCCAGCGCCACGCGUCCGACAGCCAGAGCGGCCCAGCACGGACUGGCGACAAGGCCAUCCUGGCAUCCAAGGCCGAGGACUUCCUCAGGGGCGCACGUGCCUCCAUUGGCAUCCAGGACUCUGAGUUCCCAGAGCGUCAGCCCUACCCAAGGUCAGAUGUGGAAAGCGCGGCUGAUUCCGACACGGAGAGCCGCGGGCUGCGGGAGUACCAUUCGGUGGGUGUGCAGGUGGAGGACGCACAGCGACACGGGCGCUUCAGGCGUUCCAACAGUGUGACGGCCGGUGUCCAGGCGGACCUGGAGCUGGAGGGCUUCCCGGGGCACGUCACCAUGGAGGACAAGGGCCUGCAGUUCGGGUCGUCCUUCCAGCGGCACUCGGAGCCCAGCACCCCCACGCAGUAUGGGGCGGUGAGGACUGUGCGGACGCAGGGCCUGUUCAGCUACAGAGAAGACUACCGGGCGCCCGUGGACACGGCCACGCUGCCCCCGCUGCCCCCGCCAGAGCCCUGGCUGGAGCCGGCCGGCGACACAGCCGACGGCGGGGGAAUGUCCCCGUGCCGCAGGGACGGCUCCUGGUUUCUGAAGCUGCUGCACACGGAGACCAAGAGGAUGGAGGGCUGGUGUAAGGAGAUGGAGCGGGAGGCGGAGGAGAACGACCUCGCAGAAGAAAUUCUCGGCAAAAUCCGGAGUGCUGUUGGGAGCGCCCAGCUUCUGAUGUCCCAGAAAUUCCAGCAGUUCUACUGGCUUUGCCAACAGAACAUGGACCCCAGCGCCAUGCCCAGACCGACCUCCCAGGACCUGGCAGGCUACUGGGACAUGCUGCAGCUAUCCGUGGAGGAUGUCAGCAUGAAGUUCGAUGAACUGCAGCAGCUGAAGCUCAAUGACUGGAAGAUUCUAGAGUCUCCAGAAAGAAAGGAAGAAAGAAAGGUCCCCCCUCCGAUACCAAAGAAGCCCCCUAAGGGGAAGUUCCCCAUCACGAGAGAGAAGUCGCUGGACCUGCCGGACAGACAGCGCCAGGAAGCCCGCAGACGCCUCCUGGCCGCCAAGCGGGCCGCCUCCUUCCGCCAGAACUCGGCCGGCGAGCGCGCUGACAGCAUUGAGAUUUACAUCCCCGAGGCCCAGACCCGGCUCUAGGCGGCCCGCCGCCCCGCCAGGCGCUGUACAGUGUGUCAGCUCCCCGCCCCUUCUGUCCCGUCUGCCCUUUCGCACCGUGUUGUGUUCUCUGUGCCAUACACUCACUGGAACGCUCCUGACUCCGGGCUCCGCCCGCCUGUGGCCAGAACGACCUCGCUUAUUCACUGGAGGGCCUGACUUAACAAUCAGCUAUGAGGGAUAAGCGUGGGGACACCUCACCUAGCCACUCUGUUCUCAGAGGACAACAAGAAACACCUCUUGGGAUGGAACCCAGCUCACCUUUUGUUACUUAUAUUUUUAUAAACUGUGAUAAUUAGAGGCGAGAAUAACAAAGAACUAUUACGGGGUGCAUCUCACCACUACUAGAGGCAUUAGACACCCCAAGUGGAAGGUGCUACAGGCGGAAUGCGGAAAAGGAAGACCCACCCCUAACCUGGGCCACCCUCCCCUGAACCCAGCUGACCCAUCACGAAGUCCCUUGUACCAGGUUCCCAGUUGUGAGGAGUCACGUCUGCAGCCACCCGCCUCCCUUCCAAGUGGUUCUCCAGAAACCAGCGGUCACAGGUCGCAAGCCUGAGCCCGGGGACAACGUCCAGCACAGCCACAUGAGACGGUCACCGACCCACGGGGAGUGACAGGCAGAGAGCGGGCGUCUUACGAAAGCUGGCUCUUCUGGAGCGGGAUCCCAGAGAGAAAAGAUUGUCUUUACUCCAAGGUCGUUUUUAUUCCUUUGAAAUUUAAACUGUCACACACAGUUUUGUCUUUAAGUUCCCCCAUUACGCUUUGUGUGAUUUUUUUUAUAGCUGUGUAUAUAGUCUCAAACUGCUCUAUCAGUUGACUUUUCAGGGUAUCCUAAAAAAAAAAAAAAACAAAAAUUUGCUUGUUUAAAAUGACAGUUGUGAUGUUGUAAAAAGCUUAAGAAACAUGAAUGUGAGUGGUAAGUAUAUCUCAGUUUAAAUGGUAAAGAAGAAAGGUAGUUUACAUUUGUAUUUUUCCAGAAUUAUUUUGUCCUAUGCAGUAUUGCUUAAGUCAAGAAUUUAUUUCUUGCCUGUUUUAGACAUGACGGAAAAAAAGGUCACAUGUGGUGAUUUCCAGCUGUGCACUCUAAGAAGAGUAACCAGUUUUUAUGAUUCUGAUUGGCACCAGAGAACAGUAGGAAGGACCCAAAUGAAAAGGUUCCAUUAAAUUUAGAUGCAGUGACCAUCCUUCCAACACAACUUCUGUGUCACUAUUCAGACCUGUCUUCAGAGGAGGAGCCUAUCAGAUUUGCCCACUUGAUCCCAAAUUCAGAGUUCUCCCUGUAGGUCAGGUACAAGCAGGAUCGCACGUGAAGGCAGAUGCUUGCGCCCAGCACCUCUCUCUUCCUUCCCACUCCUCCUUCGCCAGCUCAGCCCCUGGCAGAGCCACUCCUGUCACCUACUGUCGCACUUUGUCCCCUCACCUGUGACUCGCACUUUAAAUGUGCCCAGCUGUGUGCAGCCUGACACCCUUCCCGCGCGCGUCCGGGAGGGCUGCGCAGGCGGGCACACCUGGCAUUCUUCCUCGUCCUCAUCCUCCACAUCCCACGAUGCUCGGGCCAGUGAGCACCGGGCAGAAAGCAUGGCGAGCUUCAGAGUCUUACUUUUUUAAAGCUGAGUAGUUAAGAACUCCCUGUAGGAACAAAACCCACCCUGUAAAUCGAACCUCAUAUCCAGUAUAUAUUUUACCAAACAGCCUUAAAAUAUAUUUGGAAGCAAAAAUCAGUACGAAUGUAUAUCCUUGAAAAAUGCAAAAAAAAAAAAUGUCCCUGAAAUAUUCUUCUAUAAAUGAAACCUAUUUCCCCAGAGUGUUCAAAGCAUUUUUUCUACCUAAAUAAAUACCUAAAUCCUGAGUAGUGUACAGUAAUGAUGCUUCUUCCUGUAUUCACUGCACUAUGUUAUAAACAAAUGUAUCUGCAAGUAUUGGCUUUUCAGACUUGAAAGUGACAUAUUUACGAUGAACUGCUCUCUAGACAUAACCAUGGAAGAGCACAGCCAGUGUCUGUCCCUGACUUAGAGGAAGGGGAGUGACACGCGCCCGCCAACCAACCGUCUGUGAGACCUCCUGGCAGCUGAUGCCGUCCCAUCUCCUUUCCUCGGACUGGUACAAAACACAGGACAACAAAUUAUAAAAUUAGACAAUAAUUAUUUAUUGUAGAUUCCAGAUUCUCUGAGCCUGACUUGAAUGAAAGUAGUCACUGGGUUUGGAUUAAUUUUUUUAUGUUUUGUAUACUCAUUUUUAUCUUAAAAUCCCCAAAAGUCUUGGCCUGAACCAUCCCCAGGUGAGCAAAUUACCCUACAACUAAAUUUGACGGCGGUCAUCAAUUCGAAGUGGGGAGCACACAGGAACCCGUUUGGUCCACCAAGUCCCAAAGAAGGCUAUGUGAUGCCCGAUGGAGUGUCACCUGCCCACGUGACAUGACUAAGUGCAAUAUAUCCAGCUCUCCCACGGUGACACCCACCAUGAAUGCAGAGAUAAGCCAUGUUUACACAUUUAUAUGUACAGACAAAU